UGUUGCUGCUACUAUUAAUGCGUGUUUAUCUCGAUGUCUUCAACGGAGGAAGAAGUCGAAUUUGACAUCGAAUAUAUUGCUACGGAGGUCCAGCCUUACAUGUUUGAACCGCUAGCUAGUAGCAAUAAUGUUGAAACUGACGAAGAUCUGUCUUCGUCGUCGUCAACGGACAGCUCAUCUGACGAAUAUACUCACAGGAUUGGAAAUACAAACUGGUGUGAGUGUGGACACUGUGUGGCGAUGACAACCGUCCGGGAAAGCAUUUGUUGCCAUGAAGAACCGAAGACAGACCCUAAAAUUCAUGGUGACCAUUUAUGCAUCACAGAAGAACAAGAGUUUCACAUGGCCUGCAUCAACGAAACAGUCGUUAGAACAGCUAUGGUUGUAUUCGUUCACGAUCACGGGGCAAUACCAGACGCUCCAGAAACCGAAACUUUGCGUUACACUGCCUAUAGGCAAUGGACAGCAUGGAUACAUGGAAAGCUUGGCAAGAAAUAUCGACUUCCUAUACCAUCCUGUGCUGUUAAAGAAAUAAGGAAAGCAUUUCCUUCACCUUCUGGCAUAUAUAAAGGCUUUGAAUAUGCACAGCAUUUAUAAAUACCUCUUGCAUUGCCUUGUAAAAGAAAUGUGUAUGCUUUGGUGCAUAUAGUAUAACAACUCGAUGAAAACCUUCAAGAGCUGAUGUUUGUUUCUCAUGGCUGAGCUUCCCAAUAUCUUUCAUGAGAUACCUGCUUUCAACAAUCGAUGCCAAUUCAGUAAAUGCUCUAGAUCCUUGGAAAAAAGAUAGAAAAUUUUAUGGUGCCCAUUUAUGUCAUAUGUUGACAAAUAACACCACAUUGUGGCAUUGGCUGGCAAUUGAAGUUUGUUGAUAAAGAAAGUAUCAAUUACUGUAAAUAACUAUUAUGUCUUAUACCAGAGCAUUUAGGAUUAAUUUGUACCUUUCUUUAUCCAUAAGCGAGGCUCAAGAGUACCAUGCUCACAUUUUGGAAAUAAUUCGCUAUGACCAUCAUGAAUGUUGCAAAUGUGAUUCAGCAAUGAUAGCCA